UGAAAAAAGAGAAGGAGAAGAUAUUAAAAUGAUUCCACUGAAUGAAUUUAUUGCUACAAAACAAAAUAAAGAAAUGACAAAUUUUGAUAAUAUUGUAGAAUACACUUCAUGGUUAUCUACAGAUUUUGGACCUUCAACAAGUGAAAAUUUGUUGGGAAGAGAAAAUUUUGAAUUGGAAUAUUACAGGCGUUGGCUAGAAAAUUGGUUAAAUGUUGAUGGAAAUUUGACCAAACUUUCUAAUUUUUAUAAUGUUCCACUUCGUGAUAUUUCUGAAUUUUUAAAUGUUAGACGGGAAGAAAUUAGUCAAUUGGAACGUCAAAAACGACAAAUGGAUAGAAUGGCUGAUUUAGCGAGGAAAGAAGAAAAAGAAGCUCGAAUGGUUGACUUAAGUAUCCAAACAGGUGUACUUAGCCGUGUUGUUCAAACUUUGGGAGAAGAAUUGUCACAAGUACCAGACUCUUUAAAUAUUGUGGAAACAUUGGAAGUCGAUCAUUUUCAAUUGCACGUGUGCCGUUGCAAAUGCUGA